UGCAAGUGUUAUUGUCUAAAUGAAUAUUUUUUGAAGUGGAGUGGAACAAGUGUUUUAUGUGACUUGAGGAAUAUUUCAUCAGUUUAAAAUAGAUUUUAUUUUUCGGAAAACGAAGGAAGUUUAAAAAAUGGCACCUAGUAUUGAUUCAAGCAUUCUACUCGCUGGUGCCGUUGUUGAGGAAAAAAGAAGCGAUGAUUUUAGUGGAACAUCAUUGCCCAAAAAAAUACGAAAUAGAAAGCCAUAUUUUCAAUUCAAAUCUGAUGAUAUUGUGUGGCGAAAUGUGGUGAUCAUGAGUUCUUUGCAUUUAUUUGCCAUUUAUGGUGCUUAUCUGCUAAUUACACGUCAAGCAAGCAUAUUCACAUUUAUUCUGUCAUAUGCAUACGGUACAAUCGGUGGCAUGGGAAUUACGUGCGGUGCUCAUCGUUUGUGGGCACAUCGUGCAUAUCAAGCCAAUUACAAAUUGAGACUAUUAUUGUGCAUUGCAAAUUUGAUUGCGUUUCAAAAUUCAAUCUAUGAAUGGGUACGAGAUCAUAGAGUGCAUCACAAGUUCACCGAUACUGAUGCCGAUCCGCAUAAUGCGCGACGUGGCCUUUUUUUCUCGCACGUAGGAUGGUUACUGUGCAAAAAGCAUCCGGAUGUAAAACGAAAAGGUGCCACAAUUGACAUGAGUGACUUAGAAAGAGAUCCAAUUGUCAUGUUCCAGAAGAAAUACUAUGUAUAUUUGAUGCCAAUAUUUUGCUUCAUAAUACCAACACUGCUGCCAAUGUUCAUUCUGAAUGAAACUUGCUGGAAUUCAUGGUUUGUUGCCGCCUCAUUACGUUACGUACUAACAUUGAAUGCAACAUGGCUCGUCAAUAGCGUGGCACACAAAUGGGGCACAAAGCCAAUCGACCGCACGAUUCCGCCAACGAAUAACACAUUUGUUGCUGUUGCUGCAUUUGGUGAAGGUUUUCAUAAUUACCAUCAUGUAUUCCCAUGGGACUAUAAAGCGGCCGAAUUGGGAAAUUAUUCGAUGAAUUUCUCCACCGCAUUUAUUGACUUCUUCGCAAAAAUCGGUUGGGCAUAUGAUUUAAAAACGGCUUCAAAAGAAAAUAUUGAAAAACGUUCGGCUCGGACGGGCGACGGUUCGAGAUUAAGACAGAUUUUAUGGCCGAAUAUUCAAAAUACCGAUACAAAAGUCGAUUCAAAUUUAAUCUGGGGCUGGGACGAUGCCGAUAUGGAUGAAGAGGAAAAAAAAUGUGUUACCAUCAUCAAUGGCAUUUAAAUGAAAUGCACUCAGGAAUUGUACUAUUUAAAAUGAAGUUUAUUAAAAUUAAUCAUAUAAAUUCAAUUCACAAA